GCUUUUCCUUCCUCUAGUUUUUUGUAAGCAUGGGAUGCUAGCAAUAGCAUUGUUCAAAGAAAGAGCAAAACAAACAACUAAAUGGGAAACUGCUUGACUACAAGUCUUCAAUCCUCAGGCGAUUGUCCCAACUCUAGUACUGCCCCUGACAACAACAAUCAAUCAGGGAGUAUUCUGUUUUCUGCUGGUCUCAGCAACUUAAGAUUGAUAAGGAAUGGCAAUUCCACAUCUCUUGGGCAUAGCAGCAACUCUGGAGGAAAUAGCAGACUAUUUAGUAGUAGUAAUAAUCACUCAACAGGCAAUAAUACAAGUACAUCCUUUUGGGGCUCUGAGAAUAGCCAGGCCUCUCGAAUAAGAGAUGAGGACGAGUUUCCUUAUGGGCAUAUCUUGGAUGCUUCAAACUUGAAAGUUUUUACUUUGGCAGAACUGAAAGCAGCCACUAGAAAUUUCCGUCAAGAUACUCUGUUAGGAGAGGGUGGGUUUGGUAAAGUAUUCAAGGGUUUUAUUAAGGAGAGAGCAGAAUCCAAAAAAGGAGAGGGUUUGACUAUUGCCAUCAAGAAAUUGAAUACUAACAGCAUGCAAGGAGUUGCAGAAUGGCAGUCAGAGGUGAAUUUCUUAGGAAGGCUUUCUCAUCCCAACCUUGUAAAGCUGUUGGGAUUUGGGCGUGAGGAAGAUCAGCUUUUUCUGGUGUAUGAGUUUAUGCACCGUGGCAGCUUGGAUAACCACCUAUAUGGAAGAGGUUCAAAUGUUCAGUCACUUUCAUGGGACAGAAGGCUGAAAGUUAUGAUUGGAGCAGCCAGGGGACUAAAUUUCCUUCACUCCUUGGAGAAGAAAAUUAUAUACAGGGAUUUGAAGCCCUCAAAUAUACUUCUUGACAAGGCUUCCACAGCAAAGUUAUCAGACUUUGGCUUGGCCAAAUCUGGUCCUUCUGAUGAUCACACUCAUGUAUCAACACGGGUUGUGGGAUCACACGGCUAUGCUGCUCCGGAGUACGUUGCAACAGGUCAUUUGUACGUGAAAAGUGAUGUGUACGGAUAUGGGAUUGUGUUGUUGGAGAUAUUAACAGGCAAGCGGAUAGGCGAGAUAACACGCCUUAGUCAGCCAAAGUCCUUACGUGACUGGCUCAAAUCAAAUCUUUUAAAUAGAGGGAAGUUGAGAAGCAACAUGGAUGCAAAGUUGGAAGGAAGGUAUCCACCAAACUUAGCUUCACAGGUAGCUCAACUUGCUUUCAAAUGCAUCCAAACAGAACCCAAAAUUAGGCCAUCAAUGAAGGAAGUUGUUGAAACAUUAGAAAGUAUCGAAGCAGCCAAUGAGAAACCGGCUGAUAAUAGAAAGAAGACUACUAACUCCAAGGCAGUUCAACAACAACAUGGCCAACCAGAUGGUGGUUAAUGCUAUGCUACCCCAUGAACACCAUCAUAUCCAUUGGAAAUGAUAGAUAAAUGUUUGCACUCAAUGGAGCCUAUGGUUAAAGAUGCAUCCCAAUAUUUUUGGAUUUUGGGUGAAGCCUAAGGAUAACUACGCGCAAAAUGGUGAACUCGUGACAAUCAGCUUUACGAGCACUCUAAAACUAGGUAUGACCAAGGCUUGAUGUUUCUUUUUAUAGACAAAUGUAGCAGUAAAUUAGUAGCAAUGCUAGUUUUUCAGAGUUUGAACCCAAGACCUCCGACAGUUAAAAUAUCUUCGAUAUCCCUCAACUCACCAAUAGAACAGCGUGUUUGGAAACUUCACUAGGCUUUGAUAAACCAGUAGAUGAUGAAGUUCUAUUUUUCGAGUCCAGUUAAUUUUGCAUCAUGUUCUUAGAGCUUGUAAAGUAUCAAAUUAUUGAUUAGUUUUUUUUUUAUCUGUAAAAAUAUUUAAUGAAAUACUGUAGAGAAAUUAUUUGA